UAAGCCGAAGCAGUCAGUACGAAUCGAGCGGUCAACCUGAACGAACGGUGUUGAACGGUAGUGUAAAAGUGGCCCGAAAUAGUUGUCUCUCCCGGUGUAUGUGUGCUUGCGAGUGAGGUGUGUUUCCCUCACAUCCGUCCAUCAAUUCAGUGGCAGUUCGCUGGAGCAAACCCAGUGUUUUCCGAUCGAGAGUCAAGUGUACAGCGCCGCGAUACGUGUACGGCACGGCACGGCAGCCCAGUAGUAGGUAUCAACAUCAGAGCGAAUCAUCAACGCGCCGCCACUAAUUGAGGAAGAUAAUUCGUAAAAAAAAUCACCGGUCCCGCGCCAGAAGAGCUGAGAGUCGGAUAUCGAGCAAUCAGAACGGAAUUGAGUGCAGCAGUACAAGUGCAAUUUGCUUGUAGUUUUUUUGAAAAUCCCUCGACGAGAAGAAAGAGGAUAAGUGCAGUGCGUUUACACGAGAGGGUACGGGGGGCUGAUUGGCUCUAGGAAAAAUUAGUGUAACCAGAGGUGGGAAACCUCCGAGAAGAAUUACCGUUUAGAUUAGAAGAAAACACACAAAAAUAGUGCUAAAAUGCAUUCAAGUGCUGUUGGAACGGUUUUGGCGCCACUGGUGCUAGUGAUAGUUGGUGUUGUUAGCAUUCCCCGAGUCGAAGGAUCGGCUCUCGAGGAAGUCGGUUUUCAACCCCGCCGAUACUGGGGCAACGGUGAUUCCAAGCGAUUGGUUCAGCUGGACGAAAAGGAGCGAUACAAUGUGAUCGGCAAGGAUGUGAAGCGAGAAGCCGACGAUAUGAGCGCCGGAUGCUGCGACGAUGAUAUUCCUCUGGAACUGGCUUUGCUGCUAGGAAACAUUACUAACAGUGAUGAUGUUUUCAAACUAGUUGAAGAAGACUCAAUCGAUCAGCGAAUAUUCUCCAAGGAAGGAUUUGGAGAACGAUCCGCAGGAGAAACUCCUACCCCGGCAGGAUGUAACACUCAGCCAACGAUCGUUAGCCUACGACCCGAAAAUAACACUGAUCCUCGACUAAUUUACAGUCCGACGUGCACAAGAGUGAAUCGAUGCAGUGGCUGUUGCGUGUCCAAGCGUCUUUCAUGUCAGCCAACCUCAACCCGGACCAGAAUCUUUACGGUAAAUGUCUUGGAAUACUUUUCCGGUACAAGAACACGCUUCAAGAACCGUGAUCUGGUGCCGAUUGAAGAACACGUGGGAUGUGCAUGUCAGUGUCGGGUAAAGGAAGAACACUGCAACCAGCUACAGCGGUAUAAUGCACGUAACUGUCGCUGUGAGUGUUCCAACAACGAUGACCGUGACAAGUGCCAACAACAGCAAGACAUCAAACAGUGGAACCCGGAUACGUGUCUGUGCGAAUGUAACGAACCCAAGGACUGCACGAGUGGGUCAUACUUUGACCACAAUUAUUGUAAAUGUUUACAGACCUACUCAGCAAGUCGUUAUCGGAAUCAAAGUACGCUCGAUCGCAGGCGCCUGAUUUUGAAACCCGUUCAGUCGCUGGUUGCUUCGGACCCAACUGCCCCACAACAAUAGAAAUACCUAUAAGUCAUAAAAAACUAAACAAGUGCAACAGAAAGCAUCUCGAGAAUGUUAACCAGAGGUUAUAUGGCAAGAAGGUACCAAUCACUCGGGAAUGAGGACUCAUGCAUAGCUAAAAGCAGUCCUGGUGACGUCGGCCUUUUUUUUUAAUAAGUUCAGCGUGUCGAAUGAAGGAAAAAAUAUACAGUGAAGGAUGAGCACAACAGAAGUCCGAUUCAAAACGCGACUAUCAGUACAAAUGUUAUUGUUCGAAACGUGAACUGCACGAGUGGCUUAACACUAAACGAUGGACACAUACAUGGCGUUUCGACGAUUCUUUCGAAAAAAAAAAUCACGAUUGUUGAAAAAUUUAUGAUUAGAUGGAGCGAAGUAAUACAAAUUAUAUUUUAUGACUGUUUUAAAUUCAAUCAUUAGCUGCUAGUGAUUCGAAACCCGACCGUUAAAAUUGACAUUCCUAAUUGUAAACUGUUCCAUUAUUCGAAAAAAAAAUCUAAUUCGGAGUUAAACCAUAUACAGGAUUCAGGCAGCUUUUUGUGAGGUUUUGUUUAAUUAUCUUUGAGCGGGGGGAACAAUGGUAUAUCUGGCGCUUUUUGUUUUUUCUUCUAAGACAGGAACAGAAGCAUGAACUGGAAUGAUAGGGCAGUGCAAAUUCAGAAUGAAUCGUAUCGAUCAACUGUUUGACAAAAAAAAACAGAAAAGUUCUAUUUAUUAUUCCAACAAAAGAAAUGAUUACUUUUCAAAUAAACGAUUAAGUUAUAAAAUCUUUUAAAAUAA